CUCAGCGCAGGGAGCGCUGCAGGUAUUUCGCCAUUGCUGUAUGAAGAGUUAUCUGGCCUGGCGUUUAGCUGUCAACAAAAAACUUGCGGUACGGGACGCAGAGCUGCGGGGUUGAGGGAAAGCUCGUCAGCUGUUCCUCAAACCAUAUCCACCCCUGUCCCUUCCCCGAAGAACACUUUCAUGUGAAAACAGAGCCUACGGAUUAGGCAAACAUGUCCAAUCUCAGCAAAGGCGGCACCAAGAAGGACACCAAAAUGAGGAUACGGGCCUUUCCUAUGACGAUGGAUGAGAAAUAUGUCAACAAUAUCUGGGAUCUAUUAAAGAAUGCCAUCCAGGAAAUACAGAGGAAAAACAACAGCGGCCUGAGCUUUGAGGAACUUUACAGGAAUGCCUACACAAUGGUGCUGCACAAGCAUGGAGAAAAACUGUACACGGGCCUGCGGGAAGUUGUCACAGAACAUCUCAUUAACAAAGUACGAGAAGAUGUCCUGAACUCCCUAAACAAUAACUUCCUCCAAACACUAAAUCAAGCAUGGAACGACCACCAGACCGCCAUGGUGAUGAUCAGAGACAUCCUCAUGUACAUGGAUCGAGUUUAUGUGCAGCAAAACAAUGUUGAAAACGUCUACAACCUGGGGCUCAUCAUCUUUAGGGAUCAGGUGGUUCGUUAUGGCUGCAUCAGAGACCACCUUCGACAGACCCUGCUGGACAUGAUAGCACGAGAGAGGAAGGGGGAAGUGGUGGACAGGGGGGCCAUCAGAAAUGCCUGCCAAAUGUUAAUGAUUCUCGGCCUUGAAGGAAGAUCUGUUUAUGAAGAAGAUUUUGAAGCGCCGUUCUUGGAAAUGUCUGCAGAAUUUUUCCAGAUGGAGAGCCAAAAGUUCCUUGCAGAAAACAGUGCGAGUGUGUACAUUAAGAAGGUUGAGGCCAGAAUUAACGAGGAGAUUGAGCGGGUAAUGCACUGCCUGGAUAAAUCGACAGAGGAGCCCAUCGUUAAGGUGGUGGAACGAGAGCUCAUUUCAAAGCACAUGAAGACCAUCGUGGAGAUGGAGAACUCAGGCCUGGUCCAUAUGCUGAAGAAUGGCAAGACUGACGAUUUAGCGUGUAUGUACAAGUUGUUCAGUCGAGUUCCCAAUGGGCUGAAGACCAUGUGUGAGUGUAUGAGCUCCUACCUGCGGGAGCAGGGCAAGGCCCUCGUUUCAGAGGAGGGAGAAGGAAAAAAUCCAGUAGAUUAUAUUCAGGGUUUGUUAGACCUGAAGUCGCGUUUUGACCGUUUCCUCCAAGAAUCUUUUAAUAAUGACAGACUCUUUAAACAAACUAUUGCUGGAGAUUUCGAAUACUUCCUCAACCUCAACUCCCGCUCACCUGAAUACCUCUCGCUCUUCAUCGACGACAAACUGAAGAAAGGAGUUAAAGGGCUUACAGAGCAGGAGGUGGAGUCAAUACUGGACAAGGCCAUGGUUCUCUUCCGCUUCAUGCAGGAGAAGGAUGUGUUUGAGAGGUAUUACAAGCAGCACCUGGCUCGACGGUUGCUCACCAACAAGAGCGUCUCAGACGAUUCGGAAAAGAACAUGAUCUCAAAGCUAAAGACCGAGUGUGGAUGUCAGUUCACCUCCAAACUAGAGGGAAUGUUCCGGGACAUGAGCAUCUCCAACACCACCAUGGACGAGUUCAGGCAACAUCUCCAGACCACCGGGGUUGUCCUCGGAGGGGUUGAUCUUACUGUGAGGGUCCUGACUACAGGAUACUGGCCAACGCAAUCAGCAACACCUAAGUGCAAUAUCCCCCCUUCACCACGUCAUGCAUUUGAGGUUUUUAGAAGGUUUUACCUUGGUAAGCACAGUGGUAGACAACUCACCUUACAGCACCAUAUGGGUUCUGCAGAUUUAAACGCCACCUUCUAUGGUCCCAUUAAAAAGGAGGACGGCUCAGAAGUAGGAGUGGGAGGGGCCCAGGUGACUGGCUCCAACACCAGAAAACACAUCCUGCAAGUUUCCACCUUUCAGAUGACCAUUCUCAUGCUUUUUAACAACAGGGAGAAGUCCACUUUUGAGGAAAUCCAGCAGGAGACGGAUAUCCCUGAGAGGGAGCUGGUGCGAGCGUUGCAGUCCCUGGCCUGUGGGAAGCCCACUCAGAGAGUUCUUACUAAAGAGCCCAAGUCCAAGGAGAUUGAAAAUGGCCACGUGUUUACAGUCAAUGACCAGUUUACCUCUAAACUGCAUCGGGUCAAAAUCCAGACAGUGGCUGCUAAGCAGGGAGAGUCUGACCCAGAGAGGAAAGAGACGCGACAGAAGGUUGACGAUGACAGAAAGCAUGAGAUUGAAGCUGCCAUUGUUCGCAUCAUGAAGUCUAGAAAGAAGAUGCAGCACAACGUCUUAGUAGCAGAGGUCACACAGCAGUUGCGAGCACGAUUCCUUCCUAGUCCAGUAGUCAUCAAGAAACGCAUUGAAGGACUCAUUGAGAGGGAAUAUUUAGCAAGAACACCGGAGGACCGCAAAGUGUACACCUAUGUAGCAUAGCCAGUAAAUCCACUGAAAGCUAGCAUCCAGCUGAAACGGAAGGCCUUGUCUUUGUGGACUGCUUAGUGUUGGGAUGAACUUUGGAAGUCCUUUCAUCAUUGAUUCUGGGACACACUGGGAAGCUUAACGUUUCUUCCAUAAACGUGAAAAAAAAGAGAGCAAUCAAGCAGAAGACGGCAAAGUUUUCUAGCAAUAUUGGAUUUCUUCUGCUUAAAGAAAAUGAAGUGGGGGAGGGGUAUAGUUUUGUAUUAAACAAAAAAGAAAUAUCCUGUUUCUUGUGGCCUUUGGAGAGACCUGCCUGUUUGCCAAUUAGUUACAGUCAAGAAUCGCAAACACUGGGCUACCUGGAGACGGAGAAAACCAUUUGAAGUCACUUCCCUGUUUUAAAUGUUGAUGUCAAUGUGUUAUGUUUGUGUUUUGUGGCACAAUAACGGCUGACAUUCUUGGCCUUUUCCUCACAGAGGACUUUUAGUUUUAAAGAAGAAAAAAUGAACUGUGUUAACAGGUACAAUCCUGCUCUACAGCAGCAGUCAAAUACACUCACUAUGAAAGCAGAUGUUUCAUUGACUCUUGACUAUUUUGGGGUUUAUUUGACGCUUCCAUCACAGCUCAAUGCCAUUUUCAGUAAUGUGGCCAAGCCUGCACUGGUGAGUAGAGAUGAACAGCAUAUUAUCGUCAUGGCGCCAUCAGACGGAAUGAAACGCCUAAAAGUCAACAAACGCCUGGAUACUCAUGGCACAUUUUUUUAUUUCUUUCUUUUUAUGAUCAGCCAAACGAUCUCUAAUGGAAGGCUAGUGCUGGUGAAGGUUUCCAAUAUUUUAUUUUUUCUUCUCAGAUGCAUUUUGAACAGGUGGAACCAGUCACGCACCAUGCGUACAAAAUGUGUACAAAUUGUAAAAUAAUAAUUGUACUCUGCGAAGGUGGAUUGUACAGGGCCUUGUUUUCAUCAUAAUAAAUGUAGGAUUACAAAAAA